UAAGGAACUUCUCUUACCAAUCCCGUAGCUAGUCGGACCUCCUCGAUGGAACAAGACGACCCUUUUGCGGAACAUAAGCGCAAUGUUGUUUCAGCUGCUACGAAGAUUAAGAAUACUGUUGCACCAUGUGUCUUCAGACUCUUCAUGAGGUCUGUCGACUUUGGGAUCGAACAGCUGAUGGAAACGCCUACCGGUGGAGGGUUGAAUACACUUGAGAUGAAUGUUCUUGCUGUUGAUUAUGAAGAUGGAAAGCUUGUUAGUCAUCUUCUGAAGCUCAUGGCAAUUGAACCAACAUCAGAGAUAACUGAGUGGCCUUCUAGAAGGAAACAGUCUGAACUCAGCAAGCAAAUCUCAGCAAUGCAGAACUUUCAUGGCCUUGUUCAAUUGAUGUUGGCAUCUAAUCCGUGUCCAGGUGUCAGGCAGCUGAGGGACAUCAGUAGUAUCCCAUCAUUAGUCGCUUACCUUGGAUACAAUUACUGUCUCCGACUGACACUGUUUACUAUGGCAACUUCAGAUGACAUGAUGCGUAUGAUGAGAGAGGACAUUUUUGCUGCUAUGGCUAGUGUAGAGUAUCUGACUCGCAAGCUCAAUAUAAUGGCAGCUAAAAGUAAAUUGCAUGCAUCAUGGGUAUUUGCCAAGGAAGCAGCCAAGAAGUUUGUGGAUAAUCCCAAUUCUGUGAGGCCAUAUGGUAUAGCCAGAGAUGCUUUAAGUGACACAGUAGGGUGGAUCAUUCAUGAAGUUGCUACAAAAGUCAGCAAGCCACUGAGUUACAUUGUCAUGCAUUGUCAUAUUGUGGCAUUACUCUGUGGUGUCCUGCAGUCAGGUGAGAUGCCAAAACUUGGUACUUUUCACAGUUAUCUAGAAGUGUCAAAGAAACUCCCAAACUCUUGGUUCGGAAAACGUUACACAAAAUUGUCAUCUGAAGCACGACAGGUCAUGCUUACUGGUCUCAAGAAGCAACUGAGUUUGGAUGACUUGAGAGAACUGUAUCGUACAAUGGUUUGGAUGUCAAGAAACUUCAUAUAUUAUUUUCGACCUGACUAUGUUGAAUAUGAAGCAUAUUCUCAGGUUAACGUUGUCCAACUGCCAACACAUGAAAAAGAUCUUAAAACAACAGGCAACAAAUUUGGUGAGGGAGCAAGUGCUAAGAAGUCGACUGCAUGUAAAAUUAGCAUCCCGACAGUUACUUCAACUGACCAGAGUGGAAAUAGGAUUGAUAUUCAAGUACAACACAUUGCUGCAAAGAUCGACGAUGAGCUAUUGUGUGCACAAAAUGUAGCACAAGUCAAACGUAUCAAACAGAGAUUGAAUUUCUUUGCUCAAUACUUAGAUGGUAGAAACAAGCAGUUGGAAAAAGAGUGUAAAGAUCUGGAAAUUGGUUUCUUGAGAUAUACCAGGCAUUCAGCUGUCUUUUCUGUAUUAGUAGUAGAAUUUGAAAAGAAGCAAGUAGAACAGGAAAUAUUGAAAAAAUUGAUUGUCCUCUUUCACCGAUUGAAGCUUGAUGCAACAAGUAGAGGAACAGAGCUGGGAGAAGGACGAAGGAAUGAGAGAAGUGGAGGUAGAGUUGCUGAGCCUUUUUCAGAAAGUCUGCAAGCUGAUCCAAGUCAAAUCGUGAUUGCAAUCUGUUCAGCUCUUGGAUUAAGCAUCGAUUAGCUAAAAUAAUUUCUAAUGCUGCACUAGUCUUUGCAAAGUUAACUUUAGAUUUUUACAAUAUUGUCAGGUGAUUCAUUUGUGUGAUCGACUCAAAACUAAACAGUGUGUGCUACUGUGCUGUAGAUAUACAGGAAUCCGCGCAAUUGUUUGGUGUGUGGUUUAAUUUUCUAUUAUAUAUAUACCAAGUCUAAAA